AUGCCGGCUAAGAAUCUAAUGGCUGAGAGAAGAAGAAGGAAGAAGCUUAAUGAUAGGCUUUACAUGCUCAGAUCAGUUGUCCCCAGCAUCAGUAAAAUGGAUAGAGCAUCCAUACUUGGUGAUACUAUUGAUUAUCUUAAAGAGAUCUUACAGAGAAUCAAUGAUCUUCAUACCAAGCUUGAAUCUACUCCAUCGAGCUCUUCAGGCUUAACACCGACCCCACAGACGCUACCUUGCCGUGUUAAGGAAGAGUUGUGUCCGUCUUCCUCCUCCUUGCCAAGCCCUAAAGGCCAGCAAGCAAGAAUUGCGGUUAAGUUAAGGGAAGGAAAGGCAGUGAACAUUCACAUGUUCUCUGGAAGACGCCCUGGUCUUUUACUUUCCACCAUGAGAGCUUUGGAUGACUUAGGAUUGGAUGUUCAGCAGGCCAUGAUUAGCUGUUCCAAUGGUUUUGCUUUGGAUGUUUUCCGCGCUGAGCAAUUCCAAGAAGGCCAAGACGUGUUGCCUGAGCUAUAA